AUGAAUGUUUUCGGAGACGGGGAGGAUGACGAAGCGGACCCGGUUUAUGACCCUAUCAAGCAUGGAAUUGAGGAACCCACAAUCGUUGAAAAACGAAAGGUAACCUUGAAGCAAGCCGAAGAGCUCUUAGCGAAGUACCGAGAGAAAGCAUCCUUCUUCCCCUUCGUAAAGAUCGCUCCAGAUGCCACAGUGCCUUCUCUGUCGAGGACGUCGCCUUUCCUUCUUCUUGCUAUUCUUACUUCUGCUUCGAUCCAAGACAGACUGUUGCAUCAUCAAAUCGAUCAUGAGUUCAGACGUGUUCUGAGUUCCAAAGUACUUCUCCAAGGACAGCGAAGUCUGGAUUUUCUUCAAGGGUUGUUGGUUUACAUUACUUGGUAUCCGGCACAUGUUAAUCCUCGUGACACGACUUCAUUCAUGUAUAUGAAUCUAGCCAUAAGUCUACUUGUUGAUCUUGGGCUCGAUCAAGCUACGCCCAGUAUGAACAAGACUGAUGUUGCUGUCACAACUAGCGAUCUGACCGAUGGAGAUCACUUUUCCGCAGCUGCCAGGAGAACCUAUAUGGGCUGUUAUUACAUGUCAUCUGCCGCUUACGCACUUUUCCCGAGCAUCAAAAGGGGUUUCCGCAAGCCUAAAAAUCGUGACUACCGAGAUAUGCUGGACAGAGAUAGCGAAGGAGUAAUGCAAGAGGAAUUUUCGACAGACAUCGGAUACACUCUCAAGUUACAACGACUAUGUGAGCAGAUUGGUGAUGUAAAUGCCCUCCCGCGGCCAUCAAUUGAUCCGCGAAUGGAAGCUCUCAACGAUGAGGUGAACAUACAGAUGUUUCUAGGCAAUCUCCAAGAGUGUCAAAAGUCUACACCUGAUACGGUUAGAUAUGAAGUCCCUCUUAUGCUUGCCGAAAAAUUUACGGAGAUUUUGGUUUACGGACAGCCCUUGGGCUUCUUUCGUAUGCCGUACAAGGACUUUCUGAAGGAGUCGGGCUAUAAAAUGAUGAAUGUCACCAAUCUGACAAGCUGUUUGACGGCUUGCAAGAGCUUCUUCGAUUACCUCCUCUCACUGCCAGAAGCGACUUAUUUGAAGUUUACCACUGUUCACUGGGGCUACAUGGUUCAUGCCGUAGUAGCGAUGUCGCGCCUCGCAUUUGCCAUGGCCGCAAAACUCGGCUGGAACGCAGAUACAGCCCGGUCACAAGUACCGUUGGUGAUGUACCUCGACUGUCUCUGCUACAGAUUUCAGCUUCUAUCCUCCGUUCCCGUCAGGACAGCAGAGUCUCUCAAGCAUGCCGAUGUGUAUCAUGUCUUCCAGAUGAUUCUUGGAAGUGUCAAGAAAUCCUAUGAAAAGCGCAUCGCGAAGCUGGCCCCUGAACCACCUAUUGGCCAUCCUCUUGCCACGACGGGAAUCUGCCCCAUGAUGGAUUACUCGCUCAAUGCCUAUUUCGACCCGCUGGUCUCGAUGGAUGCCAGCUCAUUCGAUUUGAGCAGUAGUGCAACGCCGAGCGUCGAAUCAACAGCUGCAACUGUUCCUCUCUAUCAUGAUCUCUGGGCAACAAUGACUGGAUCUUGGGCUGAGGAGAUUUGA